CAGACUCUCUCUCUCUCUCUCCUCUUAAUGCAACCUGCCUUUCAAUCGGAUUUAUUUGCCUCCAUUCACAGCUCCAGGAGCAAAGAACCAAAAGGAACACUCUCCUCUUCCUUCUUCCCUCUUUCUUCUUCCUUUUUCUAGGAAUAUCAUCGGAAUCGCAGCGCAAAGAGCAAUUUUGAAGCCUUCUAUAGAUGUCCAUGAGUUCUUUUACCUUAAAAAUAUGAUCUUUUUGGUUUUCUCCUCCUUAUGCGAGAUUUUGUUCGACAAAAAAUCCAAUCUUAAGGAUGGGGGCGUGCACUUCGAUUCCAAACGAUUCAGAUUCCUCCAUGAGGUAUCGAUUGGGUUUAGCUUCCAAAGCCAAGAGGUUCUUCCUCGCGUCGCCCGCAAAGGAUAAAUCUCUGUAUGAGGCGAAUCCAGUCGAUGGAUUCUCUCUGAAGAGCCCCAAGUUAGCAGGGAGCAAGGAUGAGAUCUUCUUCGAUACACAAGUGUGGUUAGACUCAGACUGCGAAGACGAUUUCUUCAGCGUGAAUGGCGACUUCACACCUUCAAGAGGGAGUACUCCAAUUCAUCCUUUGAGCAUGUCAUCGACCCCUAAAUUGGACAACCACUUUCUCUUUGACAAAUCUCCGUAUUCGAUAUCUGAACCUUCUCCUACCGGUAGGAAGAAGCUCGCUGAGCUGCUAUACGAGACGAAUGUUACUGAAGUGAAAGAAGAUGCCACUGCAAAAUCAGACAGGGACAAAACAAGCACUACUCGAACUUCAAACUCAUUGAGCACGAGCUCUGCUUGCAGCACUGAGGGGUCACCAAGUAGAGAUCUCGGGAGCAGGAAGGACAAGGCAUGGAGUGCUGGGCAUUGUUGUUUGCCAAGCCUGCGAAAUUUUGGCUUGGAGGAAAGGAGGCAAAAGAUGAGUAGUCCCAGUCCCUGGGCUGCGUGAUUCCUCCCUCUCCAAGCUUUAAACCGAGUCAUGUAGUUGAGCUCACUCUGAAACAUCAUCAUUUCGAUAACAAUAAGUGCAAACUUUGCUCCAAUAAUUUCAUCAUUACUAGGAGGAUGUAAUAAGGUUAGAGGGGGGAAUCUUGUAUUUAUAUUAUGUGGUUGUACAUGUUUGUACUCACAUCGAAAGUAUAUACUUCCAUAAACUAUGAAGAAAGCUUAGAACCUUUCCAUAUUGUUUCACCAGACGGAAUGCAAUUAUAAAAAGCAAUAUUUUUAUGA